AUGGACACCAUCGGAGAUGGAAAAGAAUCCCACGCGGAGGGUGGCGGACCGCUACCAUCCGACGUUCCGGUUAAAGCGGCCGCGCAGCAGAUAAAGCCCACAGGUGCGACAGUGGACGUUGGGAAGGUUUCCUCCGAGCAGUAUGAUGAUACGUCCCUGAAUGCCCGGUUGCUGGACAAGCUGAACGAGCAGUUCGAAAAGCAGAUCCAGUUGGUCGAGAGUGAUCGGUUGGACUUCAAGCUUGCCGUGUAUGCCGAAUGGGUACACAGUUUGCGUACGGUCAACACCGAGCUGGUGCAGUCGUUGCGCGAGGUGCAGGACACCUGUAUGGAGCGGAUGCAGCUGAUGCGUGCGGCCUAUCUCAAGAAUCUGACCCGUUUCGGACCGGAUGUACGUUUGAAACGGUUAGCAAAUACCACGGACCCAAAUGUGGAGUGCCCUUCCGGAGACCAACUUAUAUCGCUUGAGCUUAGUUCCAACUAUCCCAUCGUACCAGCUACGGAUGAGAUGCUGCUUCGGGACUUGGACGCAAAAACAAGCAUAAUUGAUAAGCAACGAAAUGAAUUGGUGGACCUACGGAAGCAAGUAAAUGACACCGGAUCCAUACUGGAGCAGUUGCGCAACAUGAUUCAGGAACGGGACAAACAGUUGGAGGAUAAAUGUAAAGAAAUCGCCAUACUACAGCAACAAAUUGUCGCACUAAACGAGCAGCUGCAGAAAGUGAAACUGUCGACGACGGCCUCGAUCGAUAACCGGAGCUUAAUAUCGGAGAUUACCGAUCACCACGAUAAGAUCACGCAGCUGCGAAAGAAGCUGAAGGAGCAGGAGGAUAAACUGCGACAGGCAAACACCGCCAUCCAAUUCCGGGAUGAGGUGAUCGCGCAACAACGGCAGGAAAUUAAGUUGUUAAACGAGCAACCUCAAGCGUCAAUUGUCUCAUUCCAUUCGGUAGAAUCCGGUGACGAUUCGUCCAUGAUAGAGCAAUCAAUGCAAAACUACUCCACCGUCAGCAGUAGAAAGUUGUUCAAUCAGCUCGGUACGAUACAGCAGGAUAGUGAAACGGAAUCGGCAUACGUGCAGCUGUUAAAACGUGAACUGAUUGAGUUGCGUGAACAGCUGCAUGAGAAAUCGCACCGAAAGGAAUCGACGCUGGGCGAAGUGGAAAAGGCAUUGCUGCGAUUAAGAGGUGCCUGUGAGGAACUGCUUCAGAGUACCGGUAAGCUGUCGGGAUGCGGUGACGGAUGGAGGGAGGUGGACGGUGAUGAGAGCGGUACGGCAGGAUGUUCACUCCGGUUCGAAGACGACGAUGAUCUGAUCGAGGCGAUGCGUGAUCGCUGUGAAGCGCUGUGCCGUCAGCUAGCAGCGUCCCGGAUCGAGCAGGAUGAAGGCAUCGGAAGUGCUAGCACAUCCCGGCUGGAACAUUCUGACCUAAUUGGUCAACGCGAACAGCAGCAGGUGAUGAUGUGCAUCGAGCAGCAAUUGAAGCGAUUGCUAGGAGGCAAGGAGCACAGCAACAACAGUGCCAGUGAGUCCUUCAGCUCGCUUUCGCUCGGCCUGGACGAAGGUUGCACCCUGCAAGGACUGAUCGAUGAUCUGAAAAAGGAGAUCGAAUCGAAGGAUCUUGUGUUGCGCGAUCGGCACGUCGAGAUGGAGCGUUUGCAACAGGAACUAACCAACCGGGACCGGCUGCUGAACCAGUGCCGGGUACGCCAAGAGUUGUUUGACGGUGAAAAAACAGCACUGCUUCAAAAGAUUGCCGACCUGGAAGAAAAUGUCGACGACCAUAGCCGUACGAUCGCGAUGCUAAACAUGGAAAAGGUGAAACUCUUGCGUCAAGUGGAAGAUCUCAAGGAAACGCUGCACCAGUACCGGGAAAAUUUGCAGCAGACAAGCGAGGAAAAGGUCGCCAUCGAGGACGAGUGCAAAAACCUGCUCGUCACCAUCUCUAAUCUGCGCGUUGCCCUCGAGGAAACGAAGCGUAAUGGCAGCUCAUCCGUUAGCGUUCUUCAUGAGCUGGUGGAAAAUUUGCAGCUAGAGGUGAUCCUUUUGAGCGAACAGUUGAACGACGCAUUCAAAGAGAACAUAUCAAAGGACAACGAGUUGGACCAAUACCGUGACUCCAAUCUACAGCUUCGAUGUCAGCUGGCCGAGCUGAGCCGUGAGUUUGGCAAUAUGAAGGACAUCUCCGAUGCGGUAGACAUCCGGCAGGAGCUCAAUGAACAGAAGCAUCGUGUGUUUGCACUGUUGAAAGAUGACGUGAAGUUACUGCAGGAUCAGCUGAACGGUGUCCGGGGUGAAAUCGUAUCGCGCCAGCAGGAUUUGGGCCAUCUGGGCUACUUCCGGGAGAAGUGCGCCGAAAUGGAGCGUCUGCACGAGUUGGAGAUGAGUCAGCAGCGUAGCAAACAUUCCAAUGAGCUGAAGCAACUGCGGCGGGAGAUCGAAUCGUUAAGCAAUCAACUGGCUGCUGCCGCUGAUACGAGCAAACAGCAUGAACAAUUAGUGGAAUCGUCAGCAACGCUUCAGACGACAAUUAUGAAGCUGGACGAGCACAAUCGACUUUUGCAGAAGACUAUCCAGUCCUACCAGGACAACAGCGUACAGCUCGAGCAACAGUUGGGCGGUUCGCAGCACCAACUGGCAACGGUCCGGCAAGAGCUGGAGGAGCUGCGAGCACGCAGCGAUGAACAGGAGAGCAAAAUCGAAAGUUUAAAGACCGAUAAGGAGCGUAUUUCUGGCGAGCUACUGAUGCAGCGAAGGAUGUGCAAGUGUGGCUUUAACACCAACAAUGCGACCGGAUCACGUGAACGCGCCAAGGUGCCACUCUCUCAUUCGCUGCAGAAGCAGCUGGCCCAAAAAACACUCGAAGCAACGCGCAUCCAGGAGGAGCUGACCCAACGCACCGAGGAGUGGAAGCGGCGCGAAACGGAGUACGUUAACCAUCGGGUCCGUGCGACCGAGCAUGCGACCGAGCUGAUCGAACAGCUCAGUGAGCUGAAGGGCCGAUUCGGCAAUGUGGAACAGGUGGCCCACAUGAAGGAUGAGCUGAUCGAUCGUUUACAGCAAAGUUUGCGUGACAUCAACCGGAAGUACACGAUUAGGCAAGAUCAGUUUACGGAGCUCGAAGCAAAGAACGGUAAUCUGUCGGAGGCGCUGGAACGAGCCCGCCAGGAAGCUUUGCAGUGUGAGAAACGGUGCACCGAAGAGCUGAGCAAUGCACGACGGUGUUCGAUGGAUCAAAAGAACCAGUUGCAACAAUACGAGCGGCAGCUUAAUCGUUUGCGAGUGGAAGUGGAUGCAUUGCGGGAAAAGUGCGAACAAAUUUCUAGUGAGCGUGAUGUGUUACGUGAUGAAUGUCAGGGCCUGCGAGAGCGGUUGGCAAAAUACGAAGGAAAGGAGAGCGCCCUGUGCGAGGUGGUUAAAUCCAAUCAAGAUGAGUUGGCUGUCAAAGCGUCGCGAGUGUUGGAGCUGGAGGAAACAAAUCGCAAACUAUCCCAGAACUAUGAACAAUUGAAAGACUUCCACGAGGAGCUGAGCAAACAGUACCGGCUCACCCAGCACGAACUGGAGCAGCUUCGAGAGUGUUCGAAGAAAUUGCUAGAAUUUAAACAGCAAACACUGUCGACGAAGGAACUAACGCGUAAGAGCGUUACCGAAUGGAAGGAACGGGAGACGCAGUACUGUCAGGAGAUAGGUCGAUUAAAGAAGCGAACCGAAUUGCUGGAACAGGACCGAUCGAAGCUGAUUGGCAAGUUGAAUGCGUACCACCGGGACAAUACAAUUCUCGCACGAUGUAUGCAACAAUCACAACAUCCACAAUCGCAACAACAACAACAACCUCCAUCACGGCAACAUUCGCCAUACGACGAAAAUAGGAGAAGCUAUAAUCUGACGCCCCUUCAUCAAACGUUUUACCCACCGGAUGCGUUCAAGUUGGUCCGUUCGACCAGCGAUCCCAACUGCAACGAGUCGGACGAGUUACUACAAAAAGUUGAACUCACAUGCAGCCAACUGCAACAGAUUAGAAGGUUUUGGCACCAGGGCCUGAAGGAGGUGUUCCCAACCGAUCCUUAG